AUGCUACGGCAAUUUGCGCAGCUGGCACUUCUGUGCAUUGCUGUGCAGUCUGUGUACUCCGAAACUGAUCCGAAGUACAGACUGAACACAACAAUCACACCAUCAGCCUAUACCAUACUCAUCACACCAUACUUUGACACGGGCGAUGACAAAGCAUUCACAUUCGAUGGAGAAGUACAAAUAACUUUUACAACAGCUUCAAGUAUUAACACUAUAAAACUACAUUCAGAGGAUCUAAAAUAUACAGCUUCAAACAUAACGUUGACGAAUGGAGUAAACACAAUCAAUUUGGCUGAGACAAAUGCUCUAGAGUUUGAAGAGAAAUAUUCCUUCGCUCAUAUAAAUUUAGCAAGCGAUCUCUCUUCGGGUGUAGAGUACAUUUUGAAAAUUGUAUACACAGGACCGAUUAGAACUGAUUUGGCUGGGUUCUACAGAAACUACUACAUAGAAAAAGGUGUUAAAAAAUGGUUGGGUGCAACACAGUUUGAGUCGACCAGUGCUAGAAAAGCAUUCCCAUGUUUCGAUGAGCCAGAGUAUAAAGCAGUAUUCACACUCACCAUCGACAGACCUGCAAACUACAAGCCAUCGUUAGCGAACACGAAACUGCAAGGCACUUUACAAUUAUCGAAUGGCUUUGUCAGAGAAACGUUUUACCCAACACCAAAAAUGUCAACAUAUUUGCUUGCAUUCCUAGUAUCAGAAUUCGAAGCCGAACAUUACAGUGUAAAUGGUACGAAAGAACUCGGAGUCUUUACUAGACCAGAAGCAAAAAAUCAAACGGAAUAUGCAUUUGACUUUGCCGUACGAGUUGUGCAAGCGUUGGGUAACUAUUUUGGAAUUGACUACUACUCAACAAACAGCAAUCUCAAACUAGAUCACAUUGCACUGUUAGAUUUUAAAGCAGGUGCUAUGGAGAACUGGGGUCUUGUGACUUACAGGGAAUCUUUGUUGUUAUUCAUUCCGGAAGAAUCCACUCCAUACUACAAAUACAGAGUUGCUCAAAUCAUUGCUCACGAAACGACGCACAUGUGGUUCGGCAACCUAGUCACCUGCCACUGGUGGAGUAACACUUGGCUCAACGAAGGCUUCGCUAAUUACUUCCAGGAUUACAUAACAGCUUUAAUUGAACCAGAUGUAGCAGCCGAUGAUCAGCUUAUCAUAGGCUCAGUGUAUACAGCUCUAGAUGCUGACGACAAACCGGACUCUCCGCCAAUCACCAACAAUAAUGUCAACUCACCAGACGAGAUCAGCGGACAUUUUGGUUCCAUUUCAUACCAAAAAGCUGGAUCCGUAAUUAGAAUGAUCCACCAUUUGAUAGGAGAUAAUGCUUUCAAAUCCGGUCUCAACUCAUAUUUGAUUGCAAACUCCUUCCAACCAGGAUACCCUGAGAGACUGUACACGGCUCUCUCCCAAGGCGUCAAUGUCUACAACUCUCUGGCCAGUUACCCUGGACACGACAUCACUGACAUCAUGAGCUCUUGGAUCAGUCGGUCUGGUUAUCCUUUAGUUCAUGUAGAAGUCAAUCAUGCUGAUUCAUCUAUUGUCUUAACUCAGAAACGUUUCUACAUACACUCCACGGAUAAAUCUGAUGAAAUUUACAAAAUACCGAUUACACUGUCACUGGAGACAGCUUUUGACUUUACGAACACUAAGCCCGCCUUUAUCAUGGCCAACAAAACUUACGUACUACCUGUCAGAGAAAUCAAAGAAAAUCACAGCUGGCCGAUAUUGAAUAUUCAAGAAAGUGGUCUCUACAGAGUUAAUUAUGAUAGCCACACCUGGCACCAUAUAUCUGAUCACCUAAAAAGCAGUCGUCGUGAAGAAAUCCAUUACUUAAAUAGAGCUAAGAUCGUGAACGAUUUGUUUGCAUUCCUGUUCGCUGACGAAGAGAAGUUCGAUCUUCUGCAUGACGUACUUCACUUCUUGGAAGAUGAAACAGAUCACGCAGUUUGGUUCGCUGCUAUACGUGGAUUCAAGAAACUCAGGAGUCAUUACCUUGGCACCGAUACUUUACCAAUCAUCGAUGAUUUCAUUCUACAUUUGAUGGAAAGCAGUGUAACCAGAUUGGGACUCGAAGUUAAGUCCACAGAUGAUAUUAAAACACGUAGAAAUCGUAUGCAAGUAUUGGAUCUGGCUUGCAAAAUAGGUUACCAGGGAUGUAUUGACGGCGCAUUAACUUUGUACAAUGAUUUUAAGAAUAACGGUAAAUGGAUUGACCCAAGUCUCAGAGAAGUAGUCUACUGCACUGGUCUACGAUACGGCAAUGGUGAAGAUUACGAUUUCCUAUGGAACCGAAUGUUCACAACAAAUGUAGCAAACGAGGCGCGUCUCAUCGGUGAUAUCUUGGGAUGCACUUCAGAUGAAACCAAAUUGAAUAGUUUCUUGGUGUCUAUGCUCGUUGAAAACAGUCCAAUAAAAAUUCAAGAUCUAACUGUACCUCUAUCUGGUGUACUUUCUAACUACAGCAAUGUUCAUGUUGUUAUUGACAGCUUGCAAAACAACGUCAGUCUUUGGAAAUCCAUUUAUGUAUCGCUAGAUUCAGUAUUAUCAUCGGUUGCAUCCGCUCUGCGUUCAGACGAUGAAAUUAAUAAAUUCGAAAACUGGCUAUCCACGUGCACUGAAUGUGGUGAAUCAGCGGUGACCAGCGCAAGGUCAUCGUUGGCCAAGACCAAGGUAAUGACGCAGUGGGCCAAGGACCAUAGAAGCGAUAUCUGGACAAGCCUUCGUGGCAGCGCCUCUAUCACAUCUGUGUCAUUAUUAAUGCUACUAGCUGGAUAUAUUUUGACUUACAAAUUUUGAAAGUCAUAAGUUAUUGGGUGGUUAGGAGAGCCUUCACACAGCAAAAUAAGCGAUUAUAGUUCAAAAUCUUAACAGAUGGUGUUAUUAGUAAAUCUAGAAUCUGUGAUAACCAUAUCUUGAAGAUACCUAGCUUUUAACUAGCUGCUGCUUUGGAUUAAAUGCAUUCAAGUUGAGCUUAGACGAUAUUGUUUCACCUAGAAGCUUUCAUUUGUUCUGAGAGCGCGAUUAUACGUAACUUUCAAUGCUUAACGAUAUUCAAAGACUCUUUUCGCUUGAGGUGAGUUCGAAAUUUUUUCGAUACUAAGU